AUGACUUGUGGUUUUUGUCUGCAGUUGGCCUGCUGCUGUGGUACCGCUGCCUGUUCCCUGUGCUGCAAAUGCUGCCCCAAGAUAAAACAGUCAACCAGCACCCGCUUUAUGUAUGCGCUUUACUUCAUCCUGGUGACGAUCAUCUGUUGUGUCAUGAUGUCAACGACCGUAGCUAAUGAAAUGAAAACACACAUUCCCUUCUACACGCAAAUGUGCAAGAGUAUCCAGGCAGGUGAGAUGUGUGAGAAGCUGGUGGGAUACUCUGCAGUGUACAAAGUCUGUUUUGGAAUGGCCUGUUUCUUCUUUCUGUUCUUCUUGUUCACCAUCAAAAUUAACAGCAGCAAAAGCUGCCGGGCAUACAUUCAUAACGGAUUCUGGCUCAUUAAACUCAUACUUCUGGCAGGAAUGUGCUCAGGAGCCUUCUUCAUUCCAGAUCAGGACACUUUCCUCAAUGCCUGGCGCUACGUAGGAGCAACAGGAGGUUUCCUUUUCAUUGCCAUUCAGCUCAUCUUGCUUGUUGAGUUCGCACACAAAUGGAAUAAAAAUUGGACUGCAGGUGCAAACCACAAGCAGAUGUGGAGUGGUUUGCUUGCCCUGGUCACUCUUAUCUUGUACUCCGUUGCUGUGGCUGCCCUGGUCCUCAUGGCUCUUUUCUACACGCACUCAGAGGGCUGCAUGUACAACAAGGUCCUGAUUGGUGUCAACGGUGGCCUGUGUCUCUUUGCGUCACUGGUGGCCAUAUCGCCCUGUGUCCAGAAUCGGCAGCCCCAUUCUGGUUUGCUGCAGUCAGGAAUUAUCAGCUGCUACGUCAUGUACCUCACUUUCUCAGCACUAUCCAGCAAGCCACCAGAAACUAUCCUGGAUGAAAACAAUCAGAACAUCACAAUUUGUGUACCUGAAUUUAGCCAAGGCCUGCACAGAGAUGAAAACCUGGUUACUGGCCUGGGCACUACCAUUUUGUUUGGCUGCAUUUUAUAUUCUUG